AUGUGUGGAUAUAUGGUUUUCUGCAUGUUAUUGCUGGAUGUGCUGACGCAAAAGCGUUUGGUUGAAGAAUUGGGAGUAGCAUUUAACUUUAGAACCCGAUUGGAGUAUAAGCAAGUUGAUAUUGUACCAGCAGAACAUCAUGCACAGCUAAGGCCCUUCGAGCAGAUCGGUCGUAACUUUUAUUACAUUGGCAACGACGAGCUUAAUUGGUUUCAAGCGGUGCAAGAGUGCCGCAAAAGGGGUGGCAAUCCCAUUAGUUUGAAAACAAAUCAGGAGUUAUUAAAUCUGGGACUACAUCUGAACGCAAGUCACGAAUAUUGGGUGGACAUCAACCGGCUGGGCCAGGAGGAAUAUGUUUCGAUAGCAACCGGAUUAAGACCCAAUUAUAUCAAUUUUCUCGUUAAGGAUGCGAAUGAGCUGAACGACUCCAAUAAUACAAAAGAACAUUUAAGUUGUGUGACCUUGUUUAAGGGUUACGAAGAUAGUUUUGUGAUGAAAGAGGCGAACUGCAUGGAAAAAUCUAAAUUCGUUUGCCAACUAUCGUCACCGCGAACCAUUUCUAUUGUGGUCUGGUAACAUUUAUAUAUGUAUGUAUACCUAAUAU